CAGCCAUAGCAAGAAUCGUUGGCAAAAAUGUCCAGAAGUCCAACAGAUUUGAUCCUACUGUCAGGAUGUGGGUAUUUGAAGAGAUCAUCAAUGGAAGAAAACUCUCAGAAAUAAUCAACCAGGAACACGAAAAUGUUAAAUAUCUGCCUGGUUACAAGAUACCCAAAAAUGUGGUGGCUGUACCAGACGUGGUCGAAGCAACAAGCGGGGCAGACAUUUUGUUGUUUGUUCUGCCACAUCAAUUCGUUGGACGAAUCUGCGAGCAGAUCGCAGGCCACAUAAAACCCGGGACUUUCGGGAUUUCACUGAUCAAGGGGAUCAAUGAGAGUCUUGAUGGCCUGAAGCUCGUGUCCGACCUCAUUCGAGAGAAACUGAAAAUAGAAAUCAGUGUGCUUAUGGGGGCCAACAUAGCCAAAGAAGUGGCUGAUGAGAAGUUCUGUGAAACCACCAUUGGGUGCAAAAACGAAAAACAAGGGGAGAUCUUUAAAGAAUUAAUGCAGACCCCCAAUUUCAGGAUUACCGUGGUGCUUGACUCUGAUACAGUGGAGAUUUGCGGAGCCUUAAAAAACAUCGUAGCGGUGGGAGCUGGGUUCUGCGAUGGACUGGAUUUCGGCGAUAAUACAAAGGCAGCGGUUAUACGCUUGGGCCUUAUGGAAAUGGUGGCCUUUGCCAAGAUGUUCUGCAAGGGACCGGUAUCAAUAGCCACUUUUCUGGAAAGCUGCGGGGUCGCUGAUCUGAUCACUACCUGCUACGGGGGACGCAACAGGAAAGUAGCAGAAGCCUUUGCUCGCACAGGAAAAUCCAUUGAGGAACUGGAAAAUGAGAUGCUGAACGGACAAAAGCUGCAAGGUCCUCAGACCUCAGCCGAAGUCUACAAGAUUCUGAAACAGCAAAAUAUUCUUGAUAAGUUUCCAUUAUUUACAACCAUCUACAAGAUCUGCUACGAGGGUCAAUCGAUCCAGGAUUUCAUCACGUGCCUGCAGAACCACCCAGAGCACAUUUAG